AUGAAGUGCUCCCUGCGGUUCUGGUUCCUCUCGACCGCCUUCCUGCUGGUGUUCGUCAUGUCGCUCCUCUUCACGUACUCGCACCCCGGCAUGGCCUACCUGGACCCCGACAGCCCGGGCGGUUUCCACCGGGUCAAGCUGGUGCCCGGCUACGCCGGCAUGCAGCGCCUCAGCCAGGGUGGGCGCCUCGGGGAGGGGUGCGCCUGCCGCAGGUGCACGGAGGACGCAGGGGCCUUGGCGUGGUUCACUAGCCACUACGACAGCAACAUCUCCCCGGUGUGGACCAAGGAGAACAUGGACCUCCCGCCGGAUGUCCAGAGGUGGUGGAUGAUGCUGCAGCCCCAGUUCAAGUCCCACAACACUAAUGAAGUCCUGGGCAAGCUCUUCCAGAUCGUGCCGGGCGAGAACCCCUACGGCUCCCGCGACCCCAGGAAGUGCCGGCGCUGCGCUGUGGUGGGCAACUCGGGCAACCUGCGUGGCUCUGGCUAUGGGCGAGAGAUCGACGGGCACGACUUCAUCAUGAGAAUGAACCAGGCCCCCACGGUGGGGUUUGAAGCCGACGUCGGGGGCAGGACCACCCAUCACUUCAUGUACCCAGAGAGUGCCAAGAACCUGCCUGCCAACGUCAGCUUCGUGCUGGUGCCCUUCAAAGCCCUGGACCUGCUGUGGAUCACGAGUGCCCUGUCGACCGGGCAGAUCAGAUUCACGUAUGCGCCUGUGAAGCCCUUCCUUCGCGUGGACAAGGAGAAGGUGCAGAUCUACAACCCAGCCUUCUUCAAAUACAUUCACGACAGGUGGACCGAGCACCACGGGCGAUACCCCUCCACGGGGAUGCUAGUGCUGUUCUUCGCGCUUCAUGUUUGCGAUGAGGUGAAUGUCUUUGGAUUCGGGGCAGACAGCCGGGGCAACUGGCACCAUUACUGGGAGAACAAUCGCUAUGCAGGGGAGUUCCGGAAGACCGGGGUGCACGAUGCGGACUUUGAGGCGCACAUAAUUGACAUGCUGGCGAAAACCAGCAAGAUCCAAGUUUACCGCGGCAACUGA